AACAAUUAAACAAUCCUUUGUAUAAAUAUCAACCGUGUCUCAACUUCUUGUGUUCACAUGAAACUUCUUUUCUUCUGUUCGUUGACUUAAGCUCUCUCUCUCUUCCCCUUCCCCUUCCCCUCCCCCUUCUUCUUCAGUCUUGAUGGAUGCUAUUCUGCAAGUACCCGUUGAUGGGUUCAGAUUCGACAACGGUUCUGGAUCUUGCUGCAAACCAAGGAACAAUCUUGACUCCGGAACCAGCCGCUUCACCUGUUUCAAAGAAUCUGAAUCUCAGAACCUUUCUUCUCCGACCGAAUCUACAGAAUCUCAUAACCCUUCUCCAACCGAAUCUACGGUAUGUUCAACCAACCAUCCUGUUUUGAAGUACAUCAAUGACAUGUUGAUGGAGGAAGAUAUUGAAGAACAGUCUUGUAUGUUGGAAGACAGUUUGGCUCUACAAGCCGCAGAGAGAUCUUUCUUUGAAGUGCUUCAGGAGGAUCAAAAUCCUCUUCAAGACGACUCUUCUCUUGAAAACUUCAGCCCAUUACAUCAACCGACCUCAGGUUUCACGGGAUCGCCUGAGAUUUCUGAGGAAUCAACAAGAAGGUACCGUCUAAGGGAUGAUGAUGGUGAUGAAGAAGAUGAUCUUGAGGGUGGAAGGAAAUCAAAGCUCCCAGCAAUCUCUGUGGUGGAUGAGCUGGCUGAAAAGUUGGAGGAAGUGUUGUUGGUGUGUCAAAAGAAUGAUCAUGGAGAAGCAACACCGAACAAAACCGGACGAGCAAAGGGAUCACUAAACCGAUCCAAGCCUCAGAAGUCAGAUCAGCCAGUGGAUAUGAGGAAUCUCCUGAUGCAAUGCGCGCAAGCAAUGGCUAGCUUUGACCAGAGCAGAGCUUUCGAGAAACUGAAGGAGAUAAGGGAACACUCUUCUAGCCACGGCGACGCAACUCAGAGGCUUGGUUACCACUUCGCAAAUGCGCUUGAAGCACGCAUCACGGGGACCAUGAAGACACCAGCGUUUGAUGUUUUGAGCAGAACAUCGAUGGUUGACAUUUUGAAGGCGUACAAGGAGUUUGUUCAGGCUUGCCCUACCCUAGCAAUGUGUUACUACACUGCAAACAGAACUAUCUUUGAGCUUGCGUCCAAAGCAACCACACUUCACAUCGUUGACUUCGGGAUCCUCUAUGGCUUUCAGUGGCCUUGUCUUAUACAAGCCCUUGCAGCACGUCCUGGCGGACCACCAAAGCUCCGUGUGACGGGCAUCGAGCUGCCUCAGCCAGGAUUCCGCCCAUCAGAGAGGGUAGAAGAGACUGGUCGGAGACUGAAGCGGUUCUGUGACAAGUUCAGUGUCCCUUUCGAGUACAACUUCAUAGCCAAAGCCUGGGACACCAUAACUCUUGAUGAGCUGGUGAUCAAUAGUGGAGAGACGACAGUUGUCAACUGCAUCCUCCGACUACAAUACACGCCUGAUGAAACCGUGUCCCUAAACUCUCCCAGAGACACGGCUCUGAAACUGUGUAGAGAUAUCAAUCCUGACCUCUUUGUGUUUGCAGAGAUUAACGGGACGUACAACUCGCCUUUCUUCCUAACAAGGUUUAGAGAAGCUAUGUUCCAUUGCUCCUCCCUCUUUGACAUGUUUGAGAGCAACAUAUCAGAAGAGAAUGAUUGCAGGACCUUGGUCGAGCGGGAGCUAAUCAUAAAGGAUGCGAUGAGUGUGAUCGCCUGUGAAGGGGCUGAGCGGUUCGCGAGGCCAGAGACCUACAAGCAAUGGCAAGUUAGGAUCCUAAGAGCCGGGUUUAGGCCAGCGAAACUAAACAAACAGAUCAUGAAGGAAGGGAAGGAGUUAGUAAGAGAACGUUACCACAAAGAUUUCGUGAUCGACAACGAUAACCACUGGAUGUUUCAGGGAUGGAAAGGAAGAGUCCUCUAUGCUCUUUCCUGCUGGAAACCUGCUAAGAAGCAAUAAACUAUGUCGUAAUCAUUUUGCAUGAUUUUGUUUGAUAAUGUUUUGUAGAAACUGUUGGAUUUGGCUCUCUUAUAUCAUGGAAUGCGUUUGUUCUUUCUUGCAA